AUGAAUGCGCCGAGUAAUGCCGAUGCGUCACGACCUAGUACAGAAGCUACUGCAGACACUGCGGCCACAGCUGCACAGGCUACCCAAGCUUCAGACCCUGAUGCGAUGUCAAUGCAGCAGCUGUUCGUGUAUAUAACGCAACAGCAGCAAGCCGCCCAAGCCCAGAUGCAUGCUCAACUGCAAGCGCAAAUGAAGCAAGCUAACGCAAGAUUCGAGUAUCUAAUGGCGGCGCGGGGCGAUCAGAAGAAGAAGGACCCGCCGAUGUAUGAGGGCAAAUACGGUGAAGACAUUGAAUUGUGGAUCUUCGCCACCGAGCAGUACUACGCAAGCAGACGCGAGUUAAUGGAAGCAGAUUCGUCCGAUUUCGUGACGAUGAUCUCCAGUAACUUGGGCAAGUUGGCGUUAAAUUGGCACCGCGCGUUAAUAGCGGAAUGCGAAAGGGCAACUAUACAUCCCACGUGCUCAUUAUUCAAGCAACAACUUCGCGCGCGUUUUCGACCAAAGGACUUCGAGAACGAUCUUCGUGAGAGAAUGUUUCGUCUCAAACAACGCUAA